GAUCCAAAUGAGCGUAUUUCUGUCGUUCCUUGCCCGCUUGGUGUAGACUUAUAUAGUGAUGGGCUGCAUUUGCGGGAAGCUGCUCCCGCCAGCGGCGCCCCAGGACUUCGCAGAGCUGCAGCAUGCAAGCAAUACGAACGAAGAAGUCUAUGUCAUCGGGCCGGAUGCGCCGGACCCCGCCAGGCUUUGGAUUCCCGACCUCGUCUGGCGCUACGCCGCGUGCCUCCCGCCCAACGAGAUCCCCUGCACCUUGCGCCUGGUCAACAAGGCCACUGCCGCUCAGUUCUCAUCGCCGCGGCACACCAGCAUCCAGCCAAUACUGCCCGUGCCGCCACACUACUUCCGCCGGUGCUGGGGCGCGCCCGCCAUAGCCGCCGCGGCCACACUCGCUGUUGGCGCGGUGCCGACGCCGGAGCCGCAGCAACAGCACCUGGCGCAAGCACCAUUGGGGUCCACAGUCGUGGCUAGCGACGCGGAAGCAGUAAAGGCGGGGCACGCUUCGUCACAAGGCGGGGCGGCAGCAACGGAUGCAGCUACGACAGCGGGACAGAAGGCUACUGGGGCCGCAGCAGGGCUUGCUGCCGCAUCAACCCCACCAGCCGAGGCGGAUGCUGGCGUUCCGGGGAUGGUGGCGAUAGAGGAACCCGCAGGACCGGAGCCUUCCACCGCCCGCCAUGGAAAUAUAGCACCGAUACCGACGUCGCUGCCAGCACAGGCAGCAGUGGCUGCUGAUGCCCGCGGCGAUGACGCGGGCGCUGAUGACGGUGCGUCUUCCAGCGCCAGCGCCGCCGUCGCCGCCGCCGCAGGCGCACCUGCUGCACCUCCGCCGCAGGCGGCUUCUGCCGCUGCUGCCUUGCCGGCCCCGGCUCCAGCGCCGCUGCCGCUGCCGCCUGGCGCCUACCGCGGCUCCUGCGGCGGCGACCUGCUGUGGCUGAGCGGGCGGCAGCGGGUCCUGCUGCUGAGCGCAACCGCGGCCAGCGGGGUGGUGGAGAACCUGGAGGUGCUCCUGGACCCCCGCCUGUCCGCCUUCUUCCCCCGCACCACCGCCAGCCCCCUCAUGUUCGCCGCCGCCGCCGGCCGACCCGACAUUGUGGGGCUGCUGCGGCGGCACGGCCUCCCCUGGAGCCACUCCGUGCUGCAGGCGGCGGUGCGGACCGGCGACCUGGAGCUCGUCAGAAAGGCGAUCGCUGAGAAGUGCGCUUGGGGCCUGGGCACGCUCAGUGCCGCGGCGGCGUCUGGGCACAAGGACGUGUACGAGUUCGUGCUGGAGAAGCAGCGGCGGGUGGGGUGGAUGGACAAGCCCAAGUUCCUAAUGGGGCUUCUGGAGGACGUGGCGUACGGCUGCAGCCUGCAGCAGCUCAAGGACAUCCGGGCCAACCCGCCGCCCUUCGGAGUGGACUGGGAGUGGAUGCACGUGACCGCCUUCGCGGCCAGCAGCCCCACGCCCGACUGGCGGGAGAAGGUGGAGUGGCUGGAGGAGCAGGGCCACGACAAGAACGAGUGGGCGGCGCAGCGGGUGGUCAAGCUGUUCGGAGUGGACUGGCGGCGCGCCGGCGGCGGCGGCGGGCACUGGGCCUCGCCGCGCGGCGGCGCGGACGUCGUCAACCCGGAUGCAGGCUACUGGGGCAAUCCCAUCAGGGACGAUGCGAGGGUGGCGGCGGCUCGAAUCACAGCCGCCAAGGCCGCCGCCGCCGCCGCAGCAGCAGCAGCAGCAGCAGCAGCAGGAGCGGCUGGGCGCGAGCUACGUCAUCCCGGGCCGCGCAGGGCUUCGGCGGGCCCCCUGGCUGGCGCCGCCGGCGUCGUGGCUGGGGAAACGGACGCGGCAGCAGCGGCGCCGGCGACAGCAGCAAGGGCUGGCGACGGCGGCGGCGACGCCAUUGGGGCGCCGCAGAACGGCACGACGCCGUACGACGGGCAUGGCCCGUUCGACUAUGACUCCGAUGACGUUGACGAUGCUCCGCACGGGCCGGGCGGCGACGCGGCUGCUGCUGCGUCGUCCUCUGCCACGGCUGCAGCUGCUGUAGCGGCGGCGGCGGCCGCCGUACCGGGUGCGCAGGAGGCGAUCGAGCGGCUGACGUGGCUGCGGGAGCGCGGCUACCCCAUCCGCACGAGCGCGGUGAUGGAGGCGGCAGCGGCGGGUAAUGUGGCGGCCCUGCACUUCUUGCUGACCGUGUUCCGCCCCGGCCGCCGCCAAGGCCGUGACGGCAACAACCUCUUUGGCAAUGGGGGCGAGGAGGCACAGCAGCCGCCCAACCAAGGCGGUGGCGGUGGUGGUGGCGGUGGUGGUGCCGUAGACGGGCCCCAUAGCAAGUAUGCGGCUCAAAAAGAGCGCGAGGCGUUUCGAGAGGCGGCGCCGAGAGCAGCGAAGGCCGGCCACCUUGCAUGCCUCAAGCUGCUGCACGAGCACGGCUACCCGGUCGCUUCCGCCGCUGUGCUGGAGGCCGCGGUGCUCAGCGGCCGGCGGCGGGUCAUGGCCUGGGCACUGGAGCAGCUGCUGCCGCCACCAGGCGCCGCCCGCUGCAGCGCCGCUGGCGGAAGCGGCACGGCGCCCAACCAACCGCCGCCGGCGCCGCCGCCUGCCACUGAGCAGCUCCAGGCCGGGGUGCCCGCACUUGCUGAUGCUGCGGGCGGCGCCGGCGCCGCCGCCGCCGCCGCCGAGGGCGAGGGCGAAACGAACGCCAAUGUGGGUGCUGAUGAAGCACGGGAGUCGCCCACUGCACCAGCGGAGGCGGUGCCAGCCGCUGCCCAGCCGCCCUCCGGGCCCUCACUGACGCCGCCGCCACAUCCCCUUGAGGCGGCACUGGGUGGCAGGGCGCAGGCGGAGCACACAGGCGCCUCGCUGGCUGUCAAUGCAAUAGCGGCCGGCGGGGGCCAGGCGCUGAGCGUGUGGCUGCUGGACUGGCUGCACGCGCGGCGGCUGCUGGUGCUGGAUAAUCCAGCCGUGUUUGCCACCGCGGCGGCGUAUGCUGCGCGGCCGGCGCUGGAGUGGUGUGCGGCGCACGGCUGCAGCUGGGACGUCUCAGCUCUGAAGGAGGCGGCCCGUUCAGGCGGCGUCGCGGCGGCGAAGUGGUUGGUCGCACGCGGCUGCCCCGUCGGGGAGGACGGCGUGCCGUACAUACUGGCCGCCUCAGCACGCCACAUCACCAUGCUGCGCACGCUGCGGCAGCUGGGCGUGCCGUGGCGCCCGGACGGCAGCACGUUCAUGACCGCCGUGCGGAGCGUGGGGUACGAGGGCCGUCUGGGCGGACUGCCGCACGUCACAGUCGGGGUGUCUGGACUGCGGAUGCUGCGUGAUAUCGGCUGCCCGAUUGAUUGGGCCGCGCUGAAGAUCAUGCUGAAGGACAAGAGGCCGCCGCCGGCGUCGUUGUACGAGUGGCGAAAGGACGCGCUGUCCAGGUUCCUGAAUGAGCCGCAGAGCAAGGCGUGUCGGAAGAGGUGGAAGGCGGAGCGGCGCGCAGCGGGGGGCGGCGCCGAGGGCGGGAGCGGCAGUAAGGCGCGGCGGUGAGGGGGUGGAACCGUAAGAGGCAGGAACGGCCGCUAGAGGCAGGCGGGAGGGGGGGCCCGCUGUGAGGGGCCCGGUUAUAGGGCCCCACAAAGUUAUGGUACCCGAUGGUACUGUUUGUGUAAGAAUGGCUGAGA